AGUUCAAGUACAUCUUGGUCGUUGGUGGCAGUGGAAAAGUGGCAAUAGAUAAUUUGUGAAUUUUUCUGUGUUUUGUAUAUCUGGUUGGUUUUCCAUAUCUUUUGGUUCUGGGAAAGGUUCAUUGCUUGGAGAAUUUCCCAUUUGAUUUACAUGUCAUAAAGUAUGAAGGGUGGUUUUCUGGGAGCGUGGAAAGCAGGGUGGGGGCCCGUUCCGGAAUGCAUUCAGCGAUUCCAAACCAAACCAAGGAAAGGAACUGGAGUUUUGAUUGGAGAAAAAGUAUGAGGAACAGAAUUGGAAUUGAAUUCAGAUUUCAGGGAAAUUUACAUUCUUACUCCAGUUGCAUUUCCUGAUUAGUACCAUCAGCCAUUUUUCGUAGUGGAGGACGAGGGAAUUUUGUCGGCUCAUUCACUUCUUAGCACCUCGCUACAGUCUUCCAAGUCAGUACCACUUACUUAAUGUUUCACCAUCUGUAUUAUAUGAUGUGGUUGCUAUAUGCAUUCACAGGACCUUCUCUAUGGAUUUGUGGAGGUCAGAGGAUGAUUAUCAGUAACAUUUACCAAAAACAUACCGGUUAUCGUGUGGGCCGGAAAAAAACAGGAAUGGCAAAGGGUGACUCCAUCUGGCUAUAGUCCGUUGCUGAUAUUGCUGCUCAGUAAGAGCUGUAGAGCCAAAAUCUGUCACCUCCUGCCCCCAGUGUUGGGGAAGUUACUCAUAAAAGUAAUCAAUUACAGACCGUUCAGGUCCAGAAAGUACAAAUCCAGACCCAGGUUUUGUUUCAGCUAACCAGUUGAUUACUGUGUGGCCGACUCCUUUAUACUCAACUGGAUUUGUACUUUCUGGACCUGAACUGUUUGUAAUGGAUUACUUUUGUGAGUAACUUCAGCACUGGCUCCUCCAAACCUGGCUACAACCACCUUGAAUACUGGUGCUUCAUUAAUUGUGAUGUAUAAGUGCAGAAUCUUCAUGUGUGGACUUAAAUGUAUUUGAUUGCAAUUCUUGUGUCUUAAUUCUGUCAGUGCUCAAAUAUAUGCUCACACUGGGGAACAGUUGGGCAUAUUGAAUAACCACAGAUGUGUCUCUACCUGACUCUGUCAUUUAUUCUUUUGAUUCAUGCCAUAAUCGCUUGCGCGAGCGGUUCUACACCUUGCAGUGUAACAUUCAGGCCCGAACAGCUGAAGUGGCUUUCUGAAGUGUUGAUGAUGUAUAUAAUGACACGCAGAGAUAUUCCAGUGUGCUGCUGAUAAAUGUGGCAUAACAGCAUGUGGCUCAUUCCUUUGUGAGCCUGUUGCCUGUGAUCGGAAGGUUGCUGCUUCAAAUCCCACUGGAGAUUGAUGAAUUUACAGUUGAGCUCUUGGGUGGGAUCUUUAACCACCAAUUGCUUUAGGGACUGUCUGUCCCCACUUUCUCAGAAAUGUAUGUUGCUUUGGUUCAUUUCAUACACUGGAUGCACGUCACUCUGCGUGAGAGAUGCGGGCGUUGAGGCCUCAAUUCAGCAAUAUAAUGGCAUCAUUUUUUACAUCCCAUAUUCCCAGAUUUUCUUGCAUAUGUUUUGGGUUCGGUGCCACUGCCGCUCGUAUCUUUUUCCACAUAUAAAAUGUUAUACUGCUGAUGUGAUGAUAUUAACACUUGUUUUUUUUUUGAUGAUGGCAGACAAAGAGAAGACCGACUGUAAUCCAAAGUAUGUAAACAUUUCCACACAGGCUUACGUUGUUCAGCUGAGCUGCAUAAGCAGUGAAGCAGGACACGGUGCCUUGAAUACAGAGCAGUGGGGAGGGAAAUUAGCAUUGGGCUGAAAGGAGGAGACGGAGCUUUAGUAAAAGUGUGCUGAGUGCGAUGGACUCGCAGGUCUGGCCGGCGACAGCUGACUGCCAAUGGCUAAGCAAAACUUAAUCCAGUAAUAAAAGUAUAUAUGCAUAUAAAUUAUCAAAUUAAAAAGAAAAAUAGGACAUCUGUGGUUAUCUAUAGCUAAUUUGGUUAGUUAACCUUGAUUGUCCCCAGGUGGAAUUUUCUUUCCACAACACUGUAUAUUCAAAAAGAAUCGACCUCCCGUGCAGCCUGAGAAAAGACAAAGUCCUUCAGUGUUUUGUGUGAACAGUAACCACCAGACCGCAGUGCAGCGCCCUCCUCUCUAACAAUCAGCCCCGCCUUUGCUGGUGUUUUGGUAACUUUUCCUGUUAAUGAUCAAGCUGGACGGGCCUCGUCUCUGUCACCUUUACUCUAAUGCCCAAAUUCAUCAGUGAAUUUAUGAUGAAACACCUGCAAACUGCCCGUCCUUUUAUUUCAGGGAUCCGCUGACUGUAAAGUUGGGUUAACACAUUGUUUGGUGUUUUCUGAAUUUUGCUUUGGGUUAUUUUUAUAUCUCACAGCUAGCCGAGAACAGCGGUUUUGCUUGACUUCCUGGUCUUCUAAACAUUAGCUAAAGGCUUCUCUUAACCGCAGGAGGAGUGCUGCUUGCGCCUUUUCUGCAUUCUGAAUUUUUCUUGUGUAUAUUUCAGUCAAAUUUUUUGAGUUCACUGUGUGGGGUUGUGGGCGGAGGGCUGAUGCAGAGAUACCAUAAAGCUACUUCAUCACCGUCGGCCCGAGAACAGGAAGAAACUCUGUUAGCUCUGUUUUUCUGGCAUGAAAAUCUUCCCAUUCUCCUGGGACCUGUGAGCUCGUGUGGUCAGAGGGCGCCCAGCUUGGCUGUAUCCUGCUGUGCGGGAGGUCAUUCUAGCUUUGGACAUCGAUUCGUUUGGCAGAAACCAUGAGAGCAGGGAGCUACCAUCCUGUCAUGUUCCAGGUGGACAGAGCCUGCAGAGUAGGGAUGCUGCUGUAAAAAGGCACCCCCCCCUGCAGAUGAAUCGAACAGCAUACGUGUGACGCGUGAUGGCUCCAGCGCUGAACACUGUGCUGGGUCCCGGAGCUUUGGCAGUGGCAGUGCAGCCGUUAGUGGGUGUUCUUACCACCAUAGCAGCUUUCCUGCUCCUGCUUGUCGUCCUGUGGCUGUGUGCGAGCUGUCAGGGACAAAAGAAAGCCAGCGGGAACAUCAGAGACCAUGAAAAUCUCAUGAAUGGGGUGUCAGAAAGGGAAGGAUUCAGCCAGUCUGUUGAAAGCCCAGCUUUAGACUUGGCUGCCAGCAGCUCUCAGAAUGGACCGUUUACCAGCGCUACAGUGCUUACAGACGACACGAUAGACACCAGUCCCCAGCCUUCAGAGGAUAUUAUGUCCAAUCAGUCAGAGCUGAGGUCUUCCAAGUGCCCCCAGGAUCGCGAGCUGCCUAGCAUCCCCCCUGGCAGACCCUUCGAGGAAGCAGGAGCGGUGGCACAAGCUACCAGCGGCGACGGGACCUACGAGAUGGUGAAGGAGACGUCCCGGGAUGUCAGCGUGGAAGACUCCCUGUACGAGACCGUCAAGGAGCUGAAGGACUCCAGGGAGGGGUCUGAGCUGGCCGUACUCAAUGGGGGCCUCAUCCCCAAAUCUCCUGUCAGACCGCCCCUGUCACUGGGAGUAGAGUACGCCUCCGUGGACCUCAAUAAGAAGAGCCGGUACAGUACCGACCUGGAUGCCCAGCGAUGCAUCCAGUCUCCAACUGAACCGGAAUCUGAGGAAGAGAAGCCGCCUCCCAUUCCAGACAAAGUCCUGGAUGAGAACGAGAACCAACAAAUGCCCUGUGUGUCUGCGGCGGGGAUGGAGAAUGGAGAGCUGUCCGCCUUGUAUUCAUCAGUCCUGAAGCCUUCGGCUACGGAGAAGGAGAGCGACUACAGCAGCAUCGGCGAGAUUAAGAGCGUGUCCGAGUCGUCCUCCAGCGAACUGUACGCCACGGUGAAGGACGUAUACCGGCAGCCGGGCCUGGGCGGGCGUCCGCCAUCCCAGGAGGAAGGCACCGGACACGGGGAUCCAGGCUACGAGACCAUCAAGAUCUGCGAAUCAGCCGGAAAGGCGUCUGGGGCUGGAAGCCGGCAGGCGAAUCAGUGGGAGCCCGACUACGAGAGUGUGGGGGAGCUGGAGCUGAACAGGGAGAUGUCCCGACUCUGACUGCCAAACUGCACACAGCAGCGCAUAUGCGAGAAGUAUUAUAAUGCUGCGUUUGUUUGUCUGUGACAGGAAGUGACAUCGUCACUUUCCCGAGGUACUUCCUUUUGGUCACACUGGUCAUUGCGUAUCUCAAUGUGUCAAUGUGAACAUCACUGCCAUCAGACCUCCGCAGCUUCACGGCUCAGUAUUGUGUAUAAUGCACUUACAAUGCAUGAAAAUCAGUAGGAUUAGACGCCCAUUUAAAAUAUCUGUGUGACACAUACCGUAGACACAUGCUAAAAAUGGCGCACAAUAGCACAGGAAAAUGAAAAGAAGCAGUACAAUAGAGAUUGUCUAAAAUACUUCACCGAAGAUCAUUACAGUAAAAACCAAGGGAAAGAUAACAGUGCAUACUGCCGAAAAAAGUCUGGAAUAUCUUGUCACCACAAGGGCACAGUUGGUGUUUUCAAGGUUUUAUUGUGAGAAUUCUACUUGAUUUUUGGAAAUAUUUAUAGCAGAAACGUAGCAAGUGGUGCAUUGUGUGAUGACUGUCCCAACAGAGUUCUAGGAACUGAAACGAGUUCCAGAUUUGAAUAAUAAAUGACAGAUGAAGGAGUAGUAUCAGUCACUGGAUAACUACAUAAUAAUGGGCUUAAUUUAGCCAGUGCAGUGAAGGGAUGAUGGGAAAAUCAGUGGUUCACAGCAUGCAGAUUUAUUUCAGGUAUUAUUGCUAAUAAUGUAAACAACUAUCUGGCUGUUAUGUGUCAUAAAUAUUAGUUCCUUGCUGUAGGUACGCUGACUGUAAUCACGUGUAGGGUUCUGAAGCACAAAGAGUGGAUUGUGCGGUACUGCAGAAAUAUUAUCCAUCGACGGCAGCCCACUGCAGGUCACGACAUGUGACUGUGUAUUUCUGCCAAAGAGACUUGCCUUUGUCAGAUAAGUCUGUAAAACGUCGCUUCAUCUAGGCUCUUUUAUACGUAAUUUUCUUGUCUUUACAAUUUAAAGUACAAGUCUGAGAUGGCUAGUAGGACAUUUGCAAUGCACACUUGUAAACUUCAUUAAAGGAGCCAAGCACAGUUUUUUCUGACAUUACUCAGAAAAAUACUUUUGUAGCUUUUUUUAAAUUGUGUUAGACAAAGAUUGCAGCCAGUUUCAUAUGGUAAGUGUGUACUGAGACACUUUUAUAUUCUUUACAUAUUAUGACAAUUCCACUUCUAUUUGUUGUCUUGCGGGCUAUUAUAAUGUCUGCCUUAUUACUUGUAUAUUCAUGGUACACUGCAUUGGUACUCGCUGUCUUAAUGUAAUAUGAGCAGUAUUUUAAAAUGUCUGGGUACUUAUUUUAUUCAAAAGAUUUAUUUUAUUAUUGUUGAAGAAUCGCUUUGUGAUGCAUUGAUCCAGCCUGUUUGGAUACAUUUAAAAAUACGUUUCUGGAAUGGCAGCUUGUUUAAUGUCUUUGACGAGGAAAAAGGACAAUGGCAUACUCAAAAGAAUAUGAAUUAACUGUACAUAUCGUUUAUCUCAUGUGUAUCUAUAGAAAUAUACAUUAAUGAAAACCCCUGGUGAGUUGUUAGACAUGAAGUAGACUUUGCACUGACAUAAAAUAAUUUCUAAAGAAAGAUCAGAUUUCCCAAGUACUGGUAGCAUAAAAUCUGAAAUUGUAUAUUUGACUAUUCCCAUUAAAAAUGGCUUCGUGUAUUAGAUAGGCAGUAGUUUUAUGUAAUUAGUAUUUAUGAAAGAAUUACAUUCUUGCCUUUCUGAUAAUUUUAUCAAACACUCGUUACACUGGAAAAUGAACAAUGGAAAUUCCAUGAAUUUGCUAAUAUGACAGAAUUUCUAGUGCCAAAUAUGGUAUCCAAAAGAUUACAAUUACAGUAAGAUUACAAUUCACCUGCAGAGGUUCAGAUAUUCACUUGGAAUAAAAAAUAGCAACUUUGAAA